CUCCGGGGCUGCUGCUCCCUCCUCAGGCAAAGCUUCCCUGUUCUGGCCAGCGUGAGGAGACAUUGCCUGUCAGGCGCGAGCGGACGAUGGCACCAAAUAGGCGUGGGGCUGGGAGUGGCCUUGUGCGCAGUCCCAGUCGUGGAGAAACAGAACUCGAGUUCUCUCAGUAACGAUGCCUUGAUUAAACGAGCAGUUUCUUUGGUAACAGACAGCACUUCCACACUCCUCUCUCAAACAACGUACGCGCUGAUUGAAGCACUGACAGAGUACACAAAGGCAGUGUAUACGCUGGUGUCUCUCUACAAGCAAUACGCAAAUCUUCUUGGGAAAAUGAAUUCAGAAGAGGUGGAUGCAGUCUGGCAGGUGGUCAUAGGAGCCAGAGUUGAUGUAAGCAGUCUAAUCCUUUGUUUUACUCCUAGAUUAUACCUAAGGCUGGAAUCCAGCUGGAUGACAGCACUGCGUCUUUCGGAGAUGGCAGCAGAAGCUGCAUAUCAAUCAGGUGCAGACCAAGCCUCAGUUACAGCCCGCAGCCACAUCCAGCUCGUGAAAUCCCAGGUGCAAGAGGUGCGACAGCUGUCCCAGAAAGCAGAGACCAAGUUAGCUGAGACUCAAACAGAAGAGCUCAUAAAAGCUCAGGGAGAGGAAUCUUCAUUGCCACAGGGAAUUUUGGGAAGUACAGAGGCGGCUGAGGACCCUUACCUGCGGGAGGACUGA